CUCAAGUGCCAGGGCCAUUGUGGCGGCGUCGCAGUCAUCGGCAGAUCUGCAGGGAGACCGAUAGAUAGAUCUCCGGCCGCAUCUUUUAUCGGCGUGUUCCUUGCGUGGCCAGCGCAAUGCAGGUGGGCCUGAAGGGGACGGGCAGAGAGGGCCGGACGCAAAGGCCUGUGUGUGGUCGUGCUGUCUGUCUGUCAGUUGGUGCACUUCCACUCGCCCAAGUCGAAUUGGCAGCGAUGGAUGCCCGUCAUCGGCGGAUUCCUCGUGCACAUGACACUCGGUAGGGAGGCAGGGAGGGAUAAGCUGAUGGAUGGAUAUGGAUGCACUGCGGUGGCCACACAUAGCCUGCCUGUGUGUGUGCGUGUGGUGUUUGCCAUUGACUGACUGACAGGCACGAUGCACUGCUUCGGCAACCUGACCAUCUACAUGACGUCCUACCUCAGGGAGGAGGGCGGGGAGGACCUCAGAUAUAAGGCACGAACGGCACCUACACAACGAACACCGACACACACACGCAGACACCCACCCAACCAACCACGCACGGCAUGGCAUGCAGACCUGAAUGUGCGUGUCUGUGUGUGUGUGUGUGGCCGGCGAUGCGCACAUACAGGAUACGAUAUGGAUCUACGCGGCGUCGAUAGUGUCCCAGGGGCUGUUCGGCACCAUCGGCGGACAGAUGGAGGGAUGGAUGGGACCCAGACUGUACGCCACGCCACGCCAUCUGCACACCACCACCACCAGACAGACAGACAGACCAAGGAAUGAAUGUAUGUUUGCGUUAUGUUGUUGUGUUGUGUGUUGGCAGGGCGACUCUGGUUGGCGGCUGGCUGAUGUCAGCUGGCGUGGCGCUGUCCUACUACACGGCACACUCAUUCAUCGGGCUGAUGUGAGGACACGUACAGGCACACACCACCCAUGGCAUGACGCACACGUGCAUCGGCGCACCACAAACAAACAAGUGCGUGUGGGUGUGACUGCUCGGCUCGGCUCGGCUCGGCCGUUGAUUGAUCAGUUUGACGUACGGUGUGUUGUGCGGCAUCGGCUGUGGUCUGUGCUACCCCGUUCCUCUCGCAUGUGCCCUCAAAUGGCAACCUGACAGGAAGGGACUGGUGAGCUCAGCUGAACGGACUGACGGAUGGACGGACGGAUGGACAAAUGUUGUGUGUGUCCACAUCCAUGGCUCUCUCGUUACUAUGUAUGGUUGCUGUGCUGUGCUGCAGGUGAGCGGCAUUAUAUUCGUGGGCCGCGGCAUGGCCGUCUUUCUGUUCCAGCCACUCCAGGUAGGUAUGGUCGAUAAAUGAGGGCAGAGGAAUGCAUGAGGAGAUGCAUGCCAUGCUCGUAUCGUUCGUCCGUAGGUAUGUGUGUGUGCACACCGGCCGCAUCCAUCAUGAUGCGUGUGAUUGAUUGAUGUGUGCACUGCAGAUGUGGUGGGUUAACCCAUGGGAUGAGACGCCUGACUUUGCGCCCGAUGAGAGCAAACGUACGCACCGCACGCACACACACACGGGGGGCAGGACUGAUAGGAUAACAAACAUGCACCGCACCACACCGCACCCGGCCGGGUAGUAUUUGCAUUUGUCCAUAUCUGUCGUGUGUCCAUCAAUUCCGUGCAUUGAUUGCAUUGCAUUCGUCCAUCACUGCCUGCCUGCAGCAACGGAGCGUUACUACACAGCCCCCGAUGUGCUGGACCGAGUGCCCACACUCUUCCUCGCACUCGGGGGCACAUUCGCUGCCAUACAAGUGAGGCAGUCAGUCAGUCAGUCAGUGAGGGCGGAUGAAGGAAGGCACAGAAAGCACAUGGACGGAGAUGGAUGGAUGGAUGACGACUGCAGUUGUUGGGCGCGUUGAUGCUGUCGAAUCCGCCCGAUGAGGACCGCGACGAACCGCGGAAAUUCCUCAGCGAACAGACAUCAGUGAGUCGGUCGGUCGGGAUGCAGGCAGGCAGCUCGCGAAUUUCGUGGGAGUGGAGUCCUGUGUGUGGUGGGUUGCCUCGUUCAGGGUAUAGGUUUGUCGAUGGAUUUGCAGCUGAGCACUGGUCAGCUGCUGUGCUCGUUCGCCUUUUGGCUGCUGUGGCUCAUGAUGUUCUUCAACUGGCAGGCAGUCGCCUUCUCACAAGUAGGCAGCUCAGGGAAGGGGACGGGAGCCAUUCCACGCCGUGGCAGAGCAGAAUACACACAUCACAUGUCUGUCUGUCAUCUAUCUCUGUGUUCGUUCGUUCCUUUGCCUGUGUGUGACUCCCAUUAGGUGUUUUGGAAGGUGUUGGGUUUCCAGGACGUCGACAACGUCAUGGACAGCAGAUUGACCAUACUUGGUCGGGGCGGAACACACACAUACCAUACACACAUGGACACACACAUACACAUAUACACACAUCUCUGUCGAGGUCUGUGCGGUGUCGGGUCGGCAGGCAGCGUUGCGUGGUUCCUCAACACGGUGGGCCGCGUGUUCUGGGGCACUCUCGGCGACAGAUGCGGCUUCAAAUGCGCCAUGGUACGUGCGCAUGACAUGAGAGCUCUACACGAGACAUGCAUGACUUGGUCGAAGUCGGUGUGUGUGGCCCGUCCAAAUGCAAUGCACGCAAUGGAAUGCCUGCCUCUCUCUAGAGCUUGAUGUGUUUGUUGAUGAGCGUCUUCAUCGGCACCAUCACACUCGCCGCUGAGCUGGGCGGAUUCUGGGCAUAUGCCGUCUGGUACGGUACACACAUAUACCACUCACACACACAAACUGCUGUGAAGACUCUCUCUGUCUGUCUGUCUGUCUGUCUGUUGGCACCCUCAGGAUGUGUGUGAUCUUCAUGGCCCAUGGGGGUGCGUUCGCCAUCUUCCCAGCCGUCACUGCCGACACGUUCGGCAAAAAGGCAGGCCGAGCCGAGCACAAAACCACCACACGCACACUCGAGGGAGGGAGGACACGUAAGUGUCAGUCACGUGUGUGUCCGCAUCACAUCCAUCAGAACUUCGGUCCCGCGUUCGGGCUGCUCUUCACCGCUCGGGCGGUGGCGUCAAUCGUGCACGCGCUCGGCGCUCAGGUAGGUGCGUCCGCCGCAGCGCGCGGUCUUUCCUCCUCCUGUCGAUGUAUGUCCAUCGUGCUGUCUGUCUGUGUGGUAUGCGCAGUAUUUGAUCGACACGUCUGGCGUCCACGGCAUGGCCGAGGUGGUGGCCGCAUGCACAUUCGUCAGGUAUACACGUAGAUGGAGGGAGGGAGGGAGGGAGGGAGGGAGGAUGGACGGCGUCUUGUGUUGAUUCAUGUGUGGCUGUGUUUGGUAAACGUGUGUGUGUGUGUGUGUGUGUGCAGUCUGCUGCUGGCACUGGUGUUCAAGCCGAGCUACUACCGCAGACCGGCCGCGUUCUGAACACUGACUUGAUGGAUGGAUUGAUGUGCACAUGUAUGUAUGUAUGUAUGCAUGUGUGAGUGUGUCGAGCGUCUGCUUAGGCUUUUAUGUGUGUGUCUGUGUGUGCAGUGAGUGCAGUGAGCGCAACAGAGUCAGCCAGCGGUUUAUGUGUGUGUCUGCCUGAGGGGCUGUGGGUGGGUGGAUGUGAAUAUAGCGGUAGGUAUCGACCAACCAGCCGAUCUAAAAAGGAAGGGGAUUGAUUAGUUCCGUCUCUGUUAUGUUGAUAUGUAUGUAUGUGUGUAUGUAUGUGCCUUCCUUUCUGCUCUCUCCCUUUCUCUCUCCCCCUCUCUCUCUCUGUUUCCUUUGGCGCGUGCCUGUGUGUACAGAUCUCAUAUUUUGCAUUCGUUCAGCUAGUCAUCAUCAUGGCCGGUGUGUCGACACUCUUGAUUAGUUCACCUUGGCACCAAAACAGACAUUGCAAUCAAGGUCCC